CCAGCCUGGGUCUAGCUACCGCCAGGAAGAGGCGUUGCUGUCGCUGCCUCCUACUCUCCGGCGCUUGACCCCUCCCAGGACCCGUGAUGUUAAGGCCCCAGCGGGGGACGAGGAAGAGUCCGGGUUGAGCCCCAACUGAGUCGUGGGCUCGCGCUCUAGUUUCCCAGGCCCGCCCCACCGAAAGAAAUGAGUGGUGGAUUGGCCCCAAGUAAAAGCACAGUGUAUGUAUCCAACUUGCCCUUUUCCCUGACCAACAAUGACUUAUACCGGAUAUUUUCCAAGUAUGGCAAAGUUGUAAAGGUUACUAUAAUGAAAGAUAAAGAUACCAGGAAGAGUAAAGGGGUUGCAUUUAUUUUGUUUUUGGAUAAAGACUCUGCACAAAACUGUACCAGAGCAAUAAACAACAAACAGUUAUUUGGUAGAGUAAUAAAAGCAAGCAUUGCUAUCGACAAUGGAAGAGCAGCUGAGUUCAUCCGAAGACGAAACUACUUUGACAAAUCUAAGUGUUAUGAAUGUGGGGAAAGUGGACACUUAAGUUAUGCCUGCCCUAAAAAUAUGCUUGGAGAACGGGAACCUCCAAAGAAGAAAGAGAAAAAGAAAAAAAAGAAAAUUCCUGAACCAGAAGAAGAAAUUGAAGAAGUAGAAGAAAGUGAAGAUGAAGGGGAAGAUCCUGCUCUUGACAGUCUUAGUCAGGCCAUAGCUUUCCAGCAAGCCAAAAUUGAAGAAGAACAGAAAAAAUGGAAACCCAGUUCAGGAGGUCCCUCAACAUCAGAUGAUUCAAGACGCCCAAGAAUAAAGAAAAGCACAUAUUUCAGUGAUGAGGAAGAACUGAGUGAUUAAAAUUGUAUUUAUUAUGUAAAUAUCAUUUUUAAAAAAAUUUUUUAAGUCUUGGGGUACCAAGUUCAGUUGAAAUUAAAGAUUACUUUUAGAAUUUAA